AUGUCCAGUCAGCUUUUUAACAUCUCCAAGGAUGGAGACACCACAGCCUCUCUGGAGAUUAUCUGUGAUGUGCCAAAAAUUCUGCAUGGACAAGUACAUUCUCCAAAAGCGUCUUACAAGGAAUCUGAACAAGUACAGUUUGUCUGUGAUGAAGGAUACAGCUACGGUGAAAGAGCAGAUGUCCGAUGUACUGAAUCAGGAUGGAAUCCAACCCCCUAUUGCAUUGAAAUUGUAUGUUCUCCUCCAAGAAUUCCCAAUGGGGACUUUAGACCUAAAAAAGACAACUACAUAGGAGGUGAUGUAAUCACAAUGCAGUGUAAUCCUGGAUAUCAAUUUAUGGUAUUGACUGGCAAAAGCACAGCUGAAUGCACCAGGAAUGGCUGGGUCCCUGAUCCAGGUUGUAUCAAGAAACCAUGUGACUACGCACCUAUAGAAAACGGCGAGUUUAUGGAGUACUACAAAAAUGGAGUGGUGCUCAGUGCAGAAAAUGAGUGGAGUCCUGCUUGGAGGAAAGGACCAGGUACUCAAAAAAUUGUAAAGUCAGAGAGCUGCAAAAUGGAUAUUUCUCAGGCAGACAGAAGACGGUUUACAAGGAAGGUGAAAGAAGUCAAUAUGUCUGCAACCGUGACUAUUAUCCUGAACAUGAAGGUGGGGAAGUCACAUGCACAAAGGAUGACUGGUUACCUCCUCCAAGAUGUGUCCGUAAAA